AUCGCGCCAUGUCCCUUCCAUGCCAUUCUUUACAUAACACAACACAAACUCCUCACCUCUGUCAUGAAAAAGAAAACCAAACACCAAACACCAAACACAACCCCAAACACUCUCACCCAGGAAACUCAAGAUAGAAGGAGAAAGACAAGAAUUCAAGAAACUCCCUCUCCCUCUCGUUCUUGUUCUCUUUUCGAGUCCUUUAACUUUACAGCAAGUAUUUGUUUUGCUGGAAGUAACCAUUAAUCUGCAGGCUGGUCCGUUCAAUGGCGAGCGGGUGGGUCAAGUCCUUGCAAUGUAAGUCAAGAGCAUUUGAUGAUGUUUUUAACCCGAACCCCAUACACUUACUGCCCAGUUCCAGUUGCAGGAAAACCUCUUCAAAAAUCAUUAAAGAUGUCAUUAUUGAAACCAAAACCAAGAAAACAAAACCUAAACACCAUCCUAUCAAUCAGAACGAACCAAAGCCCAAGCCUGAACACGUUUCUACACCCCCGACGCUUUCUCGGUCAGCCCGCAACCCUGACCCGGUUUUCCCUGUCCUCGCCGAGCUGCCCGAGGGACACCCUUCGAGAAAUGUGGUAGAGAUUAUCUUUCACACGAGUUGGAGCAAUAAAUCAUUUCCGGGUCGGAUCGAGAUGAUUUUCAAAGUGCAAAACGGACCCAGAACGGUGACCCGAUUUGAAGAAUACAGAGAGAUUGUUAAAACCCGGGCCGGGUUGUCGGGUGGGACCACGUGGGAAGAGAAUGCAAGGUGCGUCGCCGAUGGAAACGAGAUGAUGCGGUUUUAUUGCCUGGGCCCCGCUGGAGGUGUACAUGACGCGCGUGGUGUUGGGUGGGUUUUCCCGGGGGGUAAAGGGGCAGUGGUUUGCACGUUCUCCGGCAGUGGAGCAGCUCAUGAGAGCGCUGGUGCUGGUAGGGGAAGGAGAGCAAUGCUUGUUUGUCGGGUUGUAGCGGGUCGGGUUACAAAGCAAAUCGGUUUUGACUCGUUGGUAGAUGACUGUCGGGUCGGGUUAGACUCGGUGAGUGGGGAUAAUGGCGAGUUGCUGGUAUUUGAUAGUCGUGCCGUGUUGCCUUGUUUUCUUAUUAUCUAUAGAUUGUAAAAAUACGUGGAGAUUAUUUUCUCUCUUUUCUUUUAUCUCCACGGAAGUCCCUUUUUA